AUGGAAUUCAAUUGUCAAGAUUUUAAGGUGGGAAAAUGUGAGGGAGAGAAACUAGUCCAUGGUGAGACUAUGCCAUUGGUGUUGCAACCAAGAGAAGCAACCAAGAACGAUGUUGAAUUCUUGCUUGAGGGUUUGAAGAAGAACAAGGAAUGGUUUGAAGCCAUGAUCAUCAAAAAUAGUGCAGUUUUGCUCCGAGGUUUUGAUGUGAAGAAUGCUGAGGAAUUCAAUGAAGUUGUGGAGCUUUUCGGAUGGGAAGAUAUGAGGUAUGUUGGACCUGCUCCAAGAACCCAUAUUUACAAGAGAAUUUGGACAGCCAACGAAGGACCCUUGUCGGAAUUCAUAUAUUAUCAUCAUGAGAUGGUUCUGAUUAAAGAAAGCCCCGGUAAGGUAAUCUUGUUCUGCGAGAUUCCACCUCCUGAAGGUGGAGAAACACCCUUUGUGCCAAGCUUCCGAGUGACAGAAAGGAUGCUGGAAGAAUUCCCUGAAAUGGUAGAGGAAAUGGAGAGGAAAGGUUUAAGGUAUACUUUCACAGCUCCUAGUAAGAAUGAUACAUCUUCCAUGAGAGGUAGAGGUUGGGAAGACGCUUUCGGGACAUCCGAUCGCGCUGAAGCCGAGAGAAGGGGUAAGCUUUUGGGAAUGGAUUUUGAAUGGCUUCCGAAUGGAGGGUUGAAGACAAUAUUGGGUCCUAGACCGCUGACUAGGGUUUUCGAGGGAAGAAAAGGAAGACGGAUGUGGUUCAACACAUUGGUUGGAAUGCACGGGAAAGAGCACAGCUCUGCGACAUUUGCAGAUGGAACUGAGAUUCCAGAACAUGUGGUGAAGAGAUGCGGUGAGAUUAUUGAAGAAGAAAGCAUUCAGUUCAAGUGGGAAAAAGGAGAUGUACUUUUCUUGGAUAACAUGGCUUUACUCCAUGGAAGGAGGAUUUCUCUUCCGCCUAGAAGGGUUUUGGUUACCAUUUGCAAGUAG